GACCCUAACCCUAGACCCUAAAACCCUUUCUAAAACCAGUGGCCUCGGAACCAUCACGUGUGUCUCUGUGGCGGAGAUACACAACACGCGACUGAAUUCCGUGCUCUGUUUGAAUGCCGAGGGCGACUGCUAUGUGUUUGAUUUGCCCAACAUAUCAGCCACACCCACGUCAACUGAGCCAACCAGUGCCAUGCGCACACACUCACACCACACAGGCAACAGCCCCAGCGACCACAGCCCAGACCUACAGCCCAGGGACCAUGGGGACUCACCGUCUCCUUCCGAGUCGUGUGGGAUUGAGCUGACGGGCGGGCCAUCGCAGCACACGGUACAGCCCACGUACACAUACGCUGUGGUCACCAAUGCGUCGUGUGUGGCUGUGGGUGACAUCGACAACGACGGUCUCAACGAGCUGGUUGUGG